AUGUCGGUGCCAGAGGGUGGCAGGCACAGCCGCAUCCUGUUCGUGAAGAACCUGAACUACAACAUCCAUGGCGCCGAUCUGUACGAGCUAUUUGGGCGGUACGGUGCGAUCCGCCAGAUUCGGCUAGGGAACACGCAGCAGACGCGUGGCACGGCGUACGUGGUGUACGAGGAAGCGAACGAUGCGAAGAACGCCAUCACCCACCUGAACGGCUUCCACCUGAUGGAGCGCUACAUUGUCGUGCUGUACCAUGUACCAUCCCGCCUCCCCGGCAAGGGAUCGAUUGCGCAGCGGGAAGAGGAGCUGCAGAAGGCCAAGCAGCAGUAUGGGAUCCACGAUGACUAG